GCACAGCCCUCCUUCUGAUUGCUGGAGAGAGAGGGGGAGUGAGAAAGAGAGAGAGUUUAAGGCAGGCUCUGCACUGGUGUUCUGGGCUAUUUCAACUUCAGGGCAACUUUAGAGAACUUCAGUAAUUUUUGGUUCUGGACGACAGCUGAGACCGGCCGAGCCUCCAGGAGAUGCUGAUGCUGAUGCAGAUGCAGAGGAUGAAGAUUCUGUUAAUGAAGUGGCAGUAGAAGACAUUCGUCCAAGGCCACAAGGAUCCUCUCCAGUUUAUGAAUAUUCCAUAGAAGAAGAAUAUUCAAAGCUUCAAGAAGAAAACAAAAAGUAUUCUACAGACAAAUCAAAACAGAGUCAUCCACAGGAGACAAUGGAAGUGACCCUGCAAACAGAAGUGGAAGCUGGUGCUAGCGGUUUUAGUGUGACAGGUGGAGGAACUGAAGGAAUAUUUAUUAAAAAAGUGCUUAAGGAAUCUCCUGCUUCAAAAAUAUUCAGUCUGAGAGAAGGUGACCAGCUUCUAAGUGCUACAAUAUUUUUUGAUGAUAUCAAAUAUGAAGAUGCGCUCAAGAUUCUCCAAUAUUCCGAGCCAUACAAAGUCCAAUUCAACCUCAAAAGAAAAAUUGCUGGGAAAGAAGAGCUAGAACAUAUUCAUGCUACAGCCCAGUACAAAAAGGAAAGAAUAAACCAGGAAAAAGAACUCAGUGAGAGCAUUCCUGAAGAAACACUGCACAUUUCAGGAAAAGCCAUUUCAGAAGAAGACAGGGAAACAUUGAUUGCAAGCCAAAGAGUAGGAAGAAGCAAAAGACCUAAAAAAGAUAGAUUAUCAUGGCCGAAAUUCCAGUCAAUUAAAAAUAAAAAGAUAUUGGGGCACAGAAGAUCUCAUAGUACAUCAGAUGCAUAUGAGCCUGCUAUACAGGAUGUUUCCCCUACAAGCACAGACACGGAGUCUCAGUUUCAACAAGAAGUCCAUAUCAAAGAAAAAAAAGGAAGCCAAAAGAAACUGAAGUUCCCUAGCAUUGGAUUCAAAAUGCACAGAUCCAAACUAGAAACACAAGACAAGCAAAAAAAAGAAAUAAAAACUACACUGUUAUCUGAAAGAGAAAAAAUACGUAAAGAAGAUAUCAGCCUGGAAAAUCCUGAAAUACUAACUGUUGAAUACACCACAUCUCCUGCUUAUGAAAUUAAAACAGAGGAGGUACGUGAAACUUUAACAAAAGACUUAGAAGAUACGAAAAAUGGUAUUCCAUUUCAUGAAAAAAAAUGCCCUGAAGUUGAAAUAAGCAUUCAAAAAGAAAAAGACAAGGAAUCAACAUCAAAAUUUGCUGUACCUGAAGUACCGGCUGUAACACAGAUAUCAAAGCCCACUUUAGAAACAUCUGAUGUGAAAGAAAGCCCAACUAAACAAACAUCCCAAGCCUCAUCAAAAUCCCGAAAAAAGAAACAGAAAGGAACAGCAGAUAAAACAGAAGGAGCAAGUGGAAUUAACGUAGACAAGAUGGGUCUCACAGCAACAGGAUCCAUACAGGUAAAAGGUCUAGAAAUAGGCACUGCUAAAGCAGAAUUACACACAACAUCUGACACACUGGAAACAGGAGAAAAACAAGUAGAAGACGACACACAAAUACUAACAAUUCAGAAAACAAAAUUUGGGAUAUCAAUGCCCAAAAGAAAAGAGCCAGAGACUGAAAAAAACAAACCAGGAACUGAUGUUCCACAUUCAGUACCAGAAAAAACAGAUGAUAUAAGUUUCGGGGACAGUAAGAAUUUAGAUGUGAAACCUCAUAUACCUGAUACAGAAUCAGAAGUUUCUUCCUGGAAAAUACAAAUGCCGUCAUUCAAAAUGACCAAAACACCGAAAGCUGAAAUAAAAAUACCAAGAGAAGAAAGCACAGCUGAAUUAGGAGAUACUGUAAAAAAGUCAGAAAAAGAAGAAGAUGGUAUGACAACAAGUGAUAAAACCUUGAAGAUGGACGUUGUCAUGAAGACAGGAGAAAAGGAUAUAGAGGGAAAAGAAAGCAAAUUCAGACUGCCAAAGUUUAAAUUGCCUACAUUUACAUGGGCAAGUACAAAAGAUGAGACAGGGCAUGCUGAAAGUCAGGUAACUGGUAGAGAUGGAAAAGUGCCACCCCGAGAAGAAGGUGAAAAAACAGAGGUGAGUGUAUCAGCAGAAGACAUACAGAUUCAAAGUACUGAAACUGAAAUUAGAAUAUCCAAAGGAAAAGUUGACGAUAAGGAUAUAACAAAACUAUCAGGACUCCAUCUGCCAAGUCUCAAAACUCAAACCACAAAAACUUCCGCAGCAGAUAAAACUUUGGAAAAGACAGAAGGAGAAAUACUGAUUACCAAAACUGAUAUUGAAAUAAAAAAAGGGGAAUUCAGUAAAUCACCAAAGAAAACAGAGAAAAUUUCUAAAACUAUAACAGUGGUAGAGGAAGCUAUGGGGCUGCACCUCAAAGCUGAAGUCCCGGGUGCCAAAACCGAAGGGGCCACCUGGAAGGUGGAGAAGCCCUCCCUCAAAAUGCCCAAAGCUGACAUCAAAGCUCCCAAGGUGGACGUCAGCCUCCCGUCCGUCGACGUCACCCUUCCGUCCGUCGACGUCACCCUUCCAAAGGCCAGCGUCGACCUGCAGGCGCCCGAGGCGGCCCUCGCCCUCGAAGGGGAAGCAAAAGCCCCAGAGAAGGAGGCCGCGAAGACCAAGGACGGCAAGUUCAAGAUGCCCAAGUUCGGCAUGCCCUCCUUUGGCUGGUCCAGCAGCAGAGAGGCCAAGGGCACCGUGGCCGCCGAUGUGGACGACAGCCUCAAGGAGCCCCAAGUGGUGGUGCCCUCGGGAACCACCGAAGUCGACAUGACCCUGCCUGCGGCCGAGAUCCAAGAGCCUGCUUUGGAAUUUGAAAAAGACGAUGAUAUCGGUAAAGCUAGAAGUUCUCUAUUUAGAAUGCCUAAGGUUUCGCUUUCUAUAAGUUCUAAACCUCAGGCACAGAAAAAGUCCAAUGUUGAAGUUUCUUUGUCAGAAACUUCUUGUUACUCAGUAACAGAGGAAAGUCCUGUUGUUCUUUCAGGCAGUGUAGGAUCUAAACCUUUUCCUUACAGUAAAGCUGACAGUGGCUCUAAAAGUAGUAAAUUCAGAAUUCCUAGCUUGGGUUUCUCCAAAGUUGAUAUUGGAUCUUCUAAAAUUGAACAGGAUUCCCCAUUACCGAAAGGGGAUAUUACUCUUACUAAAUACCAAAUGAAUCUUGCAGAAUCUAAAUCAAAAGUAUCAUCUCUUGCUGAUGAGAAUCUUUCAGUAACAGAUUUUGAAAUUUUAAAGGAAGAUGAUUCUUCAGAGCAAGGAAUUUUUAAGCCAGGAGGGAAAACACCAACUGCUGAAAUACCCGUGGUUGACUCAGAGUUUAUUGUUAAAAUUCCUAAGUUCCGAAAACCAAAAUUUGGAAUUUCUUGGUCUAAGGGCAAACAAUCAGAAAGUGAUGUUGGUUCCAAAGUGGAAUCCGAAAUUUCCAAGGGAAGGAUAAUAUCUGAUACGACUGAUACUGAUAUUGAAAAACCAACUCAUAUCUCUGAUGCUGAAUUAGGUGUAAAGAUGCACAAGCCUUCACCUGAUAUUGUUCUGGAUGCGCCAAAGUUGGAUGUCAGUCUCCCAUCAAUGGAAGUUACCAUGCCAAAAUCAGAAGUUGAAAUCCAUGGCCCAGAUCUAGAGUGCAAGGCAGAACAGGAAUUAGUUUCAGGAGAGAAGGACACUGAGGAGAAAGAAAACAGACUUAAAACAUCAAAAUUCAAAUUCCCUUCAUUUAGUUGGUCACCAAAGAAAGAAUCUAUUAUUCCUCCUGAAGUUGAGGGAUAUCUGGCAGAACCCACCUCAUCUACUUUAUCUGGAGACACAGAAUCUGAAUUAACAUUUCCUACCCCUGAUAAUCAAUACCUUCAUGCGGAAUUGGAUACAUCAACAGAAAAAGACGGUGAAAAGGGCAGAAACAAGAAGUCCCAAUUUGUCAUGCCAAAGAUCUCAUUCCCUAAAAUGAAGGGUCAGAAAGCCCAAGUCUGUCUGCCCAUCCUGGAAACUGAGGUCUGUGGUCCCAAACAAGAAAAAGAAGCCAUUUCAGUGCAGAAAUCUGAGAAAGGGAGUGACGGAAAAGGGUCAGGAAUUGGUAUAAAAGGGCCAAAUAUUACAGUCCCGACUUUGGAAUUUUCCAAACCAGAAGUCAAAGCUCCCCAAAUAGAGAUGGAUAUUAGCAUGCCUACAGGUGAGACCAUACUUCCUACACGUGAAGAAGAUGACCUGACAUUGAAAUCAGCUGAUGGUAAUGCCAGCCUCUCAACCUCAGAUAUUAAGAUGGCAACUGAAGUCUCCCUCGAGGUGAAGAGUCCUGACACAAGUGUUGAAAGAACAUCAAGUGAAAUUGCUGUGGGUGAUGUAGAAAUAAAAAUUGAAGGACCUGAAGGGAAAACAAAAAUGUCUAAAUUCCAAAUGCCAAAGUUUGGAAUUACACAUUCUAAAGGGAAAGGUUCAGAAAAGGAGGUCGGCCAAUCCAAAUCAGAAGUCAAGGUUCCCCAACUAAAAGCAACAGUUGAAAUAGCUGACAUUGCUGUUGAAGCACCAAAUUUGGAGGUGGAAUGUGGUACAGAAACAGAAACUUACAGCCCUAAAGUCAAAAUGACCAAAGCUGACAACAAGGCAUCAGAGGCUGAUGUCCACCUCCCAUCGGCUGACACUUCUAUUUCAAAAACAGACAGCGAUAUUCGGGAUUCAGAUGCAGCACUAAAAUUCAAAGGGGAAAUAAAGCAAGACGGAGAUGAAGAAGAGAAAGAAGGACAUUUCAAAUUGCCAAAAUUCAAGCUGCCAUCCUUCAGUUGGUCACCAAAGAAGGAAGCAAGUGUUAAAUCAGAUUCUGGAGCAAAUCUAGAAGAUCAUAAACCUGCUGUAACGUCAGGCAGAAUAGACACAGAAGUGAGAGGAACUGUACCUGAUGAUCAAGCUACUGGACCAGCACUUGAUCUGGACAUAUUUGCAGGAAAUGUUGAACAAAAAAGUCCAAUUAAAAAGCCUCAACUUGUCAUGCCUAAAAUUUCACUCUCCAAGAUCAAGGUUCCCAAAUCUCAGACGCAUUCACCAAAAGUUGAAUCUGAUGCUACUAUUCCUAAAACAGAGGAAGAGGGUGAUGAUUUAGUACAGAUACCUGAUAUAGAAAGAAGUCAUUCCAAAAGGACAGAAGGGGCACAAAUAAGCAUAAAACUGGCUGAUGUUAAGAUUCCCACUCUGGAGCUUUCCAGAAUAGAAACUGGAGCUUCCCAAACUCGUAUGGGAGUCAGCUCAGCAAAGACUGGUGCUGCUCUGCCUCCCUCAGAGGAGAGUUUUCAGCAGGUUGUCCUAAAAUCAAGUUCUACCGAUGAAGAUACCAUUCAAAAAACAGGUAUUAAGUUCCCCAAAGGAGAAGCUUCAAUUGAACUGAGGAGUCCUGAAAUAGUAACAGAAAGAUCAUCAGUUGUGGAUGGAAGAAAGAUGAAGUUGGAAGGUCCUGAAGGGAAGAUUAAAAUGCCCAAAUUCCAGAAACCAAGGUUUGGAAUCUCCUUAACAAAAGGGAAAGGCUCAGAGACAGAGAUCAGUGCUCCAAAAAUAGAAGCUGAACUACCCCAGCUAAAAAUGACACACAAAAUUGCUGACGUUGCUGUGGAAGUUCCAGCAUCAGAACUUACAUCUGAUGUAUCAGAUCCUGGAGUAGGUGCUUAUGCUUGUAAGAUGAAAACGCCUCAAGUUCUGACAGCUGGCAUUGAAGCUCCAGAGGUAGACAUAAGCCCCCAGACAUCCUUAAAGGGAAAAAAAGGUGAUGCUGAUGUUGAAAGAAGCAUGGAAAAAGGUGAGGCAGGCAUUCCCUCUGCAAAAGUACAAACUGAAACAAGUAGUCCUGAAAAUACCUUCUCACUACCACACGCAGUUGCUGAAAUUACUAUUGGAAAAGAAGGGAUUCCAAAAUUAGGAGAUUCUGUGAAGAGUUCUGAGGUUAGCUUGCCAAAGAUGGGAGGAGACAUUUCAUUAUCCACAGAAAGAACAGAUAGUAGAGUGAAUAUUCCAAAAACUGAAACUUACGCAGACAUAGUUAAGCACAGUGCUGAAGGACAAAAAAUGCAUACUUCCGAAUUCACAGUGUCUUCAGCAGAGUUGUCUAAAUCAUACCUAAGUGCUUCAGAAAUUGACAAAGACAACAGUUUAACAAACAGGUUUCCUACACAUACUCUGACUCUUGAAGAGUAUCAAGUCAAAUCACAGGAUACAGAAGUCCCAAAGGUAGAAAGUUCCACUAAAUUAGAGACUUCAGGAGCAGGAUGUAAACCAUCAUCAGCUGAAAUCACUUUGGAUGCAACACAGGAGAAAACAGAUACUAAUAUUCCAAAGGAAGAGCUAGAUGUUCAAAAUCAAGAGGCAGUAAUUAAAAAAGGAAAGAUAAAGGGUGAGAUGAGAAUUAUAGAAAAAGACAGUGAAGGAAGCCAAUUAGAAAGGCCUAUGUGUGAAUGGUCUACAACAAAGGGAUCAGAGGAUGGUGUUUAUGUUACAGCUAAGCUGGAAGAUCUAAAAGUAGAAGUCCCAACAGUGAAAAUGGGUGUUAAAAUUGCUAGAGUAGAUCCUGACACGAAAUUUCAAGUGAAAAGUGUUGAAAAGGACACAUGUGCAGUGGCGGAAGUGCAAGUAGAAGACAGAGCAGAAACAAGUAAAAUUAAAACAUACAAGUUUGAGAUUCCAAAGUUUGGAGUGUUGCAUUCAGAAGUAAAGGGUUUUGAAGAUGAUAUCAAUUUGCCAAAUUUAGAAGCUGCGUCAGUAUCUAAAACUGAAAUAGGCACUGCAGAAACGCCAUUUGAAAAAUCAGAGGGAUCCAUCAGCCUGGAAAGUCCAGCUCUAGAUCAUAUGGGAGCGUCUACCAGAAUAACAGUGGAAACAGUGGAAAAAUCACAAGUUGUCCCAGAAGUACAUAUUAAAAUUCCCAAACUAAAAAUACCAAGAUUCACUUUCAAAUCUCUCCCAACUGAAGCUGAUGUUUCAGUGUCAAGAGUGGUAACAGAUCCAAAGGGAUCUAGCACUGACAUUGAAGUAGUGCAACUGCAAGCAAGCUCUACUGUCCCUGAAGAAACACCAGAGGCUCUACAGGGUGGUCUUCAAAAAGCAAAAAGCAAAAUUCUAACACUGACUGAACCUGACAUUAAAACAGCACAGAUGACUACCACCGUAGAGUCGUCCCUUUCAAGCGCAGGACAAGACAUUCACUGGUCAUAUGUAGAGGGCCAAGAAGUGAGUGAGAAAGUAGAACCUGAACACGUUGCUAUUGAAAGGUGUGAGAUUUACGCUACUGAAAUACUGAAAGAAUCAGAGAUUCUCUCAUCAGAAGUCAAAACUGCUGCUUUGGGAUUCUCAUUGCUCAAGGUGAAGUUACCUGAAUCGCAUAGCAACUUAGAAGUGCUAGUCCAGCAGUCACCUUCGACAGAAGAUGUAUCAGUGAGCAAACCUAAAUGUGCUGAUGAAAGCUUCGGAGUAGCAGCACAGAGGACUGGCAGAUCUGAGCUUAAACUAUCUGACAAACCACACAGUAAGACUGAAGAAUGUUGUGGAGAAGUAAGUUUGCCAAAGUUAAAAACAUUUGCUGUUGAAGUAAAGCCUUCCGACAAACCUGAAGAGAGUCAGCCUGAUAAGUCACCAGAGGUAGUAACUGCAGGUCCUCUCUCUAAAGAUGAGGACGUAUCUGAAGCACUAGAAGAUGAAGAAAAAGACAUAAGCAAUGAAAAAGAAAAGACUGAUAGUAAAAGAUCUCCUGGAAGAUUCAAAUUUUGGCUUCCAAGUAUUGGCUUUUCAUCUUCUGGUGAUGAAACAAGCACAGAUUCAAAAACAGAAGUAAAAAAAUCAGUUUCAGAAGAUGUGAAACCUGCUGACUUAUCAGAUAAUGAUUCUUCUAAGCAAACUGAAAAAACUGGAUGGUUUAGAUUCCCCAAGCUUGGUUUCACAUCUCCUUCCAAAAAGGCUAAGACUGCUGACAAAGAAGGGGCGGGUCACAAAGAGAGAGGAAUCUCUGAUGAGGAUAGCCCAUCAGAUAAACCUGAUGUAUUUUUUGAUGCACAAGAAAGCUUUUCACCUAAAGAAACAACAGAGGUUGGAAAAGUUGAAAUUGAUGAGGCUUCAUCUAAUGUUCCAGUUUCUCGAACUAUCGUGACAUCUUCAGCAAGAACUGAACUAAUCUUGUUGGAGGAAGAAAAAGAUAGUCAAUCUAAUAUUCCUGGAGAUACAACCAAGUGA